AUGUCUGGUUGGAACCCAAUCAACGGUCGUGACGCUACAGGCUCACGACCGAACUACUCACCCGUUGGUGCACCGAUCCCAUCGCAGGGUCAGCCGUACGUUCCUCAUCUUGGUGGCCCUGGGUAUAACUUUGGUCUAGCUCCCCCCGUGUAUGGCUAUAUGUACCCCGGCACAGCUGCAUAUGGCCAGCCCGUUUACGGAUUCCCUCCUCAGGGGCCAGUUGCUGGGUUUCAGACUCAGCAGACUUACGCUCAUCAGCCCAACGGGACUGGUAACAUCCUUCCUCGCCAGGCGCAGCCCAUUCCUCAGAUUGAUCCGAAGAUGCCUGCUGCGCAGAUGACGAACUCCUCUGGUGGUGUUGGCUGUGAGCCGGGAUACAACUACUUCUUCCCUGCCAACCAUACCAAGGUGCAUGUAUUCAAGAGCGAUAUCCCCCCUUGGCAGCUGCAGGCGAACGCCCAGAUUCCCUUUAUCGCCUCGCACGUUCCCACCUCGACGAAACUAGGCGAUCUCCUGAAGGGAUUUGGCUGCACCAAUCCCUCAGCCAAGAAGAACAUCUGCUUCGAGCUCUACAGUGGAGGAAAUGGCAAGUGGUACAAGGGGUACUCAUUCACGGGCGACGACAAGGAUGAGAUCGGCAAGACCAUGGAUGAGGUUGGCUGGGACUCGUCCAGGACUGGUAACAAAGGAGAGAAGCCUGUUGUCUGUCUCUGGUUCUGCAAGAGCUAA